UGCUACUGAUAAUCGUGAAGCUUAGCUCACUUCUCAUUCAAGAUUCUUUCUGGUAAUCAAUCUCAAGGACUCUCUAGUCAAGCAGCUUUGAUGGAGUUGAAUGCAUCAGUUGGAGGUUGCCACGGGGUACAUCUUAUGGCGAAGGCUGCUACUGCUGGAAUUUCGAGGGUAACAAUUGGAGCCAGAUCAAAGCAGUCUGCCCUUAAAACGGCUACUGCUAUUAGAUCAAUUCACUGUCAUUAUGCCACCAAUUUUUCUUCUUCUUCUUCAUUGUAUGAUGUUCUCUGUAUCUCUCCUAGUGUGAGUGUGCGUGACAUAAAGAGCGCAUAUCGUCGGAUGGCUCUUAAAUACCAUCCUGACGUCUGCCCAGCUGCAGAGAAAGAAGAGUGUAGCAGAUUAUUUCUUCAAGUCCAGGAGGCUCAUGAGACUCUGUCGGAUCCUCUGCUCCGUCAGGAUUACGAUUGGAGACUGCAAAACGGGAUGGAAAUCAACCAGCGAGGAGAAAGAAUAGAGACCUGCGAUUAUGUGUGGGAAGGUCAGAUUAUGGAGUUGAUAAAAAGGAGAUCUGGUUAUAAUUCAUCGUCGUGGGGCAGCAGAAUGAGAAGGCGAAAUGAACACGCAGCUGCCUGUUCAUGAUUGAUUUCUUCAGUUCGGCAUUGUGCUGUUGACGGUUAUGUAAAUUGUAUACAAAACGCGGAAAUGAAUGAAAAUUCAAAUUCCAAGAUAAGUCCAUUUUCUUGCUCAAGGUAUAUGUCAUCUGUACAAUUUCAGCCAAAUUUUGGAAAAAAAUAUCAAUGUAUAAUAAAAGUUUCAUA